GUGAGAGAGAGAGAGAGAGAGAGAGAGGAACAAAAAACAAAAACGGAGUUCCGGUGUUAGGGGUCGUUUGUAGUGAAGAGUUUUUGUGACAGGAAAUCGGCCGUAUAUUGUAGAUACAUGAACGUAAGAGGACUUGGAGGUUGCGCACUUUCUUCCUCGGUCACUUGAUGAUUAUGCCUCCAUGUGAUGUCUGAUGGUGACUGAGGUCAUGCUGGGAAUAAAAGGACGGCAUAACAAAAAAAUACAAGCACAGGAGAGAAUAGCAAAUGAAAAUAUGGUUAUGUUGCAAAUAAACUGAAGCUGGCCUUUAACCACCACUGAAUCCAGUAUGUGUGAGGUGCAGGCCACUGUGGAAUUUUCUGUAGAGCUCCACAAGUUUUACAAUGUGGAUCUAUUCCAAAGAGGGUUCUAUCAGGUCCGUGGCAAUAUGAAAGUACCUCCUCGGGUCCCUCACAGGAUAGAGACCAGUCUCCUUCAUCCCACAAAUUCAGAUAUGGUCGUUCCGGCAUCUGUGCAAGGUGAUGUCAUCUACAGCAAAACCUUUCAGAUACUCUACAAGAAUGAAGAAAUAGUAGUCAAUGAUGUUCUCAUAUUUAAGGUGAUGAUGCUACUAGAUGAGAAGAAGGUGGAAGAGUCCUUAAAUGAUAUGGAUUUUCAGCUCUCUCUGGACCUCUACUUUGCAGAUGGUGAUUACAUGCCAGAGGAUUCUAGGUCACUGCAGAGUAUCAGCAGUCGGACUUUGCGAUUGCAUUUUAGUCUCCAUAGAGGCAUGCACCAGCACAUCAAUGUCAUGUUUGACUACUUUCACCUAUCGAUCAUCUCCGUCACCAUCCACGCCUCUCUGGUCGCACUGCAUCAACCCCUCAUUAGUUUCCCCCGGCUUGGGAAAAGCACCUGGCUAAACCGCAAUGUACCAGCACAGGGCAAAGACCUCCUGAUCCCCACGCUGGAGAAUGUGGUAUUUGGCUGCACCUAUGUCAAGCAGCUGUCCCAAGAUGGCAAGACCUUCCUGGUGUCAGAUCAAUGUCUACAGCAUGCCUACAACUUGCACCAUAGCCUGUGUGCCAGCUUGCUGCUGGCCUACCAGGGCCUCUUUGAUUACUUCAUGAUGCUUACCAAGAGUCUCCCUUCCUCUCACCGCAUGGAGCUUGCCAAGCCCAGCAUGCAAGUCCUUUAUGAGCGAGUUCUAAGAAGACCUUUUCCCAGGGGCCAAAGGCACAUCCACAUAGAAAAACUGGAUGUGGAAGCCCGUCUCCAUGAGCUUUGUGAACAUGUCAAGCAGAAGGCAGAGAGCCCAGAUGAGCUUGCUGAAAUGGUUAAUAUGAAUCUUGCACAGUUAUGCUCUCUGCUGAUGGCUCUGUGGGGCCAGUUCCUGGAAACAGUCUCCCUGAAUGACAGUGUUAGGGCACUGAUGGCCCAAGAACAUCAUAUCCUUCGGGUACAGCGAUUUUCUGAGGCUUUCUUUUGCCUUGAGCACCCUAGACAGGCUGCACUGGCCUUCCAGGAGUUGCAUGCACAUAGCCACCAGCAGAUGACUGGAGUCAUUAAGAACUCAUCGUACUUUCUUUCUCUACCACCACUUCCUGUGGAAUGUGCUGAACUAGAUGGAGAUGUCAACUCCCUACCUGUCAUCUUUGAGGAUAGAUAUCUGGAAUCUGUUAAAGAGGAUAAUGAUGGUCCAUGGCUUGGUCUACCCAACCUAAGGAGUGGCUCUGGGCCUACUAAACCAGAUAAACCAGUUCUAAAAGAGCUCCGUGUCGGCAGAGUAGGUGCUCUCAGUGCUUACCCAGAACUCCAUCAAGUUGCUUUAGUCACUAACUGUCACAAGGAGAAUGAGCCUCCUAUAAAAUCCAAGGCCAAGUCCAUCAAAUUGAGGAAGAACACUAAGACUGAGAACUCUAAAAAGCUGAUCAGACAGUCCUCAAAGGACUCUGUGAUUUUGACAGGCUACAAGAACCUGAAGGUCCUUCAUGAUGAACUAGAUGGAAAGUCCAAAGGAGACUUUCAGUGCAGUCAGAAAGAGAAACAAGAAUAUUUGUCUGGAGAUCCCAGCAGAAGAUUAAGCUCCACGUCCAAAUACUUGAAUCAUGAUGACACAAGAACUUUCCCUAUAGAACAUCUUAUGAAUAACAGCCAGGCUAACACUAGCAUUCAAAGUGACAGUUUCACAGAUCUAAGUUCACAAGCACAGGCAGGUACUGGACCUGGAGCCACAGAGGGCAAAGCAACAGAAGGAGCCAAUAUUAUGGUCAUACCUGCUGGCCUCCAACAUAUUGAGUUCAAACAUAGUGAUACGAACCCCUACCAGGGAGAUAAGGUCACUGUCUUAUUUUCAAGCCCAAGUAAUCGAACACAGACAAGGGGAGGCAUCCCAGAGAUUACACAAAAAGAUUUCUGUGAGUCCAAGCCUCAACAUGGAGAGAAUGAUGGUAUCAGAGAGAUCAUGGAUACGGGGUCAGAUUGUGCUACCACACUGAGGAGUUACUGUUUACCAAGUGCAGCAUCAAGACUCUCAGAUUCAGGCAUUGAGAGUGAGCCUAGUUCUGCCACAUUGCUAGUACCAGGUCCUCAAACUGUUUCCAAUUUUGCUGAUAUGAAUCUAGAUUGGGUCUCACUACAUGUUAAGCAGACCACUACUAAGUGUCAGAGUGUUGCCUAUAAGCCAUCUCAUCUCAGUAUUGCUUCAAAAGGGUCCAAUGGACCAGAAGGGCCAAACCCUGAGAGUACUAGUGGUGUGAGUGGUGUACAGUCUUCUCUCACCUCCAUAAACUCACUUCCAUUAGAUGAUGAGAUGGAGGCUGAGGUUCCAUGCCGAUUAUCCAGUGUCAUUGUGCAGGAGCAGGCCUUGGUUUUCUCUGAUAGAUCUGAUAUCAGUAUCCCUUUCCAUGCCACCAGUCCAACCAGGUCCUUAGCUCACCAAGAAGCCUCCACCUGCCAUGUUGAUGAUCCAGUGUUUCACACGGAUGAAGCCUCUGUUCUUCUGUCCCUCUGUAAAGCUUUUGCUUCUCACAAGAUAUCUGAUUCUACCAAGCUUGGAACCCCUGUGGGGCAAGAUAUAGGGCUGGGGGUUGGCAUUGAUAUGCAUAUUGCAGCACACUCUAGUACAUCAGCCACCAGUAGCACAGACUUGGUAAAGAAAGGCUUAGUAGAGAAUUAUUUUGGUUCAUACUCAAGCACUGAUAUUUCUGAGAUAAGCCCAGAGGAAACGCCAGCAAUUAUGCUGGGCAUUCAGACAGGUGUCCAUUCCACUGAAGAAGAAGAAGAAGUAGAAGAUGAGCCAAACCAUGAGAUGAUAGAAAAUGGCUACUAUGAGGAGACAGAUGAGCCAGUCUAUGUCAUUGGUCUGCCAGAAUUGAAGGGAAGAAGUGGAGAGGUGAAUUGUUGUGGGAUCUUAGAAUGUAGGAGCCCUUUUUAUGUGCAUAGGAAUUUGAGUAUGCAUUACCCCUGGAUCUACCUGCAAACUCAACCCCCCAAACCACUGCGGACCAGUACAAUUCUGCACUGGUAUGAGAGCUCCCCUCCUGCCCAGAUGAAAGUAUUUGCCCAGGCAAGAGAAGAGCUGAAGAAGCUUAAGCUGCCAGGAUUCCUGUACAGUGAAGUGGCUGAGUUGGCUUCAACUGUGCCAUAUUUUAGCCUGGAGGAGGAUGAGAGCUGUGAUGAGGGUGUUCACCUCAUUGUGUGUGUCCAUGGCCUGGAUGGUAACAGUGCAGAUUUAAGGUUGGUGAAGACCUACUUAGAGCUGGGCUUGCCUGGAGCUCGUAUAGACUUCUUAAUGUCAGAGCGCAACCAGAAUGACACUUUUGCCGACUUUGAUUCUAUGACUGACCGACUUUUGGAUGAAAUUGUACAAUAUAUACAAAUCUACAAUCUCACAGUUGCUAAAAUAAGCUUUGUGGGUCAUUCUCUGGGAAAUCUGAUAGUGCGCUCCGUAUUGACAAGGCCCAGGUUUAAGAGCUAUCUUAACAGACUUCAUACCUUCCUUUCACUGUCUGGGCCACAUCUUGGCACCCUCUACAACAGCUCAGCCCUCGUCAAUACUGGUACAACUAAAUCUAGCCAUCAGUGCACUGAACGCAGCAGAAAACAGAAAAAGACAUUUCAUCAAUUAGGACUGUGGUUCAUGCAAAAAUGGAAGAAAUCUGGCUCACUAUUACAGCUGACUUGCCGUGAUCACUCAGACCCUCGGCAGACAUUUCUCUACAAGCUAAGCAAGAAAGCUGGUCUUCAGUUUUUUAGAAAUGUGGUGCUGGUAGGCUCACUACAGGACCGUUAUGUGCCCUAUCACUCCGCUCGUAUUGAGAUGUGCAAAACAGCCUUAAAAGAUAAGCAGAUGGGGCCAGUGUAUGCUGAGAUGAUUGAGAACUUGCUAGUACCUGUGCUUCAGAACAAAGACUGUAACCUGGUCCGAUACAAUGUUGUGCAUGCGCUGCCCAACACAGCCAACUCUUUAAUAGGCCGGGCAGCCCACAUUGCUGUUCUGGAUUCUGAAAUAUUCCUGGAGAAGUUCUUCCUGGUAGCUGGACUAAAGUUCUUUCAGUAGCUGGUUAGAUCAGGAGAAGAUGGCACAAAUACCUCCCCACGUUGAAAUAGACGUUCUCAAUGACCGGUCAACUCUCAAUGGACUAUAUUUUGUUCUUAAUAUUUAGUUUUUAUUCAGCUCAUCAUAAAUCUAGUAUUCAUGAUUUGAAUCUUUGUUGUGCCAUUUAAAAAAAUAAUUUUUAAUAUUCUGUUAAUCAUGAAAAUAUUCAAUUGUACAUGUGUUUCAGUGUUAAGUUAAAUAUAUUUUUAUGUCUAAUGGGGAAAAAAGUUUUAAAUUUGUUUAGUUAAACCUUGUUGGUACUGAACUGGAAAUUUAGCUGCUAAAGAAUUCAACAUAUUUGGUAUAGCUUACUGAAGGGCCACUUUUGUUGCCAAUGUUCAUGUUCAACAGAACUUAAACAUAUCAGGUGUAUCUGCUACCCAAACUGUUAGAUAUUUUGUAAAUGAUUAGUCAUUUAAGCACAUGCAUUUUGUCAAACCAGCCUUAUACUUUGGUUUGCUUUUAUAUGAUGUCUUGUUCAGCCUUUGCAAUGUCAUGCACAACCUGGUGUUGGAUAAAAGAAUGUAGCAUGUUAACAUUUUACAUGCGCUGUCCAUAUUUAAAAGUUAUUUUAAUUUGUUUCAGUUCAGUACAAGAAAUUCUAGUUCAGUAUUUUUUGUUUGUUUGUUUUCAAGUUUAAUUUGUUACUGGGUGCUAAUUUAUGCUUAUAAGCAAGAAAUGUAAAUGAAAUGUCAAUUUUAUUAUUCACCAAAAUGUUUUUUUUUCUAUAAUGGACCUAAACAUCAUUAAAUAAAUCAAAUUAAAGUUUUUCUAUCUUU